UUUUUUGCGUCUUGCUUGCAGACAACCUCGGCUCACUCUCUGCGACUCUUCGCUUGCUCAUCGGCUGACAGCGGACGUCGUCCCCUUUUUUUCGUCCUCCCUUUUUGUUUUUUUUCCUUCGAUCCGAGGACGCCUUUCGUUCCGCCCACCUGUGGCGGCAUUUGUUCUUCUCACUUCCGGAUUUCUGGUUUUUUUCGCGACUUUUCUCCUCUUUUCGCGGCGAACUUUCGACUGCGUCUCCCUCAGCAGCCUCUGUCUCUCGUCGAGCUUGUCGCAGGAAGGAAGAGAUUUCAGGUUUCAGAGAACGAGAAACAGAGCAAACUUUUCUCGACUGCGGCUUUAUUUCAAACCUUUUUCGUCGCGUGGUUUUCCGUGACUUUUUUUCGAGACAAAGAAGACCUGUUCUUGCGGAGCUCCACUGUUCGGACGUCUCGUGCUCGGCGCCUCCGUCACGCGCUCUCGUUUUCUUCUUCGUUCCCCGUUCCUUCUUCUCUUCCACGUUCUCGAGUUGUCUUCUUCUCCUUCUUCCGCCGCUCUUUGCCACCGAUCUUGCCCGUGAGGUCUCGCGAAGAUGCGGCUGAAGACUUGAAAAGAAACUCGGAGAGAGAACGGAGAGAGAAGAAGACAAGAGAGCAGGCGAGAGGAGCGGAAGAAGGAGGACGGAGAGAGAGGAACGCGGACGAAGGAGCGAGGAGAAAAGGAGAACUAGAGAGGGAGGGGAGAACAAGGAAAAGAAGAAGACGAACUCCAGGACGAUGGCAGUCCGACGAGCUGCUCACGCCGGCAGCUGGUACAGCAGCGACCCUGGCGAACUCACGCAGUUGUUCGACCGAUGCCUGGCGACGGCGGAGAAAACUGAGGAGAAUGUCAUUGCGUUGAUUUGUCCACACGCGGGCUACGCGUACUGCGCAAGGACGGCGGCUUGGGCAUGGCGCCAGGUCUCUCCAGAGAAUGUCCGCCGCGUCUUCGUGCUCGGUCCUUCGCACCAUGUUUUCCUGCCUGGCUGCGCCCUGCCGGCCUCGUCUGUUCGCGCCUAUGCGACGCCGCUAGGCGACAUUUCUCUCGACACCGCAGUGCUUGAAACAUUGCGUAGCGCGAAGCUGUUCGAGACACUCGCUCUGCGAGACGACGAAGAGGAGCACUCGAUUGAAAUGCAGCUCCCUUUUCUCCGCCACAUUCUGCGAGGGAAAUCUUUCACUCUCGUCCCCAUCGUCGUCGGAGACCUUCGACCCUCCGGUCACGCAGCCGUCGCGAAGGCGCUUCGCCCAUACUUUCUGCAAGAAGGAAACCUUUUCGUUUUUUCUUCAGAUUUCUGUCACUGGGGGCGCCGGUUUCGCUAUUCGUACCUCCCGCCGGCGACAGCUUCGCUCCCCAUUUUCGAGCGCAUCGGCAUUCUUGACAAAGAGGGUGCGGCCCUGAUUGAACAGCAAGACCCUGCAGGUUUUCAAGAGUACUACGAGAGAACGGGCAACACCAUUUGCGGUCACAAUCCAAUUUCAAUUUUCCUGCAUCUCUUAGAGGCGAGUGGCAGGCCGCGGUCCGCGUUUAAGACGAAGCUUCUCGAUUACAGCCAGUCUUCGCAGGUGGAAAACGAGUCGUCGUCUUCUGUUUCCUACGCUGCAUUUGCUUCUUCGCUUUUGUCUCCCGCCCCCAGUCUCUCUUAGCCUGCCUCGGGGAAAGUGGCUGGCUUCGCAACCUGCCCGCAUGCAGGUGUAUCUCCUGAGGGAAGCAGCCUCGGUUUGCGUCCGUUCAAAACGCUCAAGAGCGGAGAGAUAUGACAACGCGAGAGAUAUUCAUAUGCAUAUAUAUCUAUAUAUACACAUACAUGCAAUACAUAUACAC